AUGUCUGCCGCAAAGACCAACAUCCUCCAUCUCUACCGCGCCCUCCUUCGCGAGCUCCCUCCCCGACCCUUGCUCACCACCCCGCGCGCUCCCCUCCACCAGCGCCUUCGCGACUUCGUCUCUUCCGCCGCCUCCCCCGCCUCCGCCGGCGCUAGCACCCCCGUUCACAAACCCUCCGUCGCCGAAGCCGAGCAGCUCCUUGCCUAUCUCCAGGCGCAGCGGGAAUACGUCACUUUGCUGGAGCGUUACAACCCCGGCAUGGGUAUGGACGAGGAGACGAGGGUCAGGCUGACGGCCAAAAGGGUGGGUAUGGACCUGCCCAAGGAGUUUCAGGAAGGGGAGGAGGACAAGUAA